AUGAAUAGCCCGUCUAAACGGCGCAAGAAGAAUGACGGAACUGUCCAACCCGUGCGGAGCUUGGACUGGUUCUUCUCUAAACAGAAGGAUGGUUCUAAGGGUCCAGCGGGUGUACCGAAGAUCCCCAAGGACGUCAAUGGAGAAGGCACUAAACUGGACAACGGCACGAGCCAAGGGUUAACGGACGAGGAGCUUGCGCGAAAGCUGCAAGACGAAUGGAACCAGGAAGAUGGUGAGCAGAGCAGCCGGAUGGUCGAAGAUCCGCCUACGCAGGAUGCCGCACCGCAGGAAGAUAACGGCGGUACUGAGAUGACGGUCCCGGUUCCAGUAUUGCGAGAAGAUGUAUCGUCACAAGGUCCGCCGCCCAGGGCGCAGAAGCCUUCACAGUCGGCCCUCGUCGCGAAGAGCACGCUAUCGCUCCAAUCUAACGCCGCGGACGAGGACACCAUAUCCACUUCCAUACCCUUCGACGAGAGUCCGCUCACCUUCAAUCCUUCGAGAUACAUAUCCGAAUUGCAGGGACACUGGGACAAAGAGAGCGGGGGCCGCGCAACAUACGCGCUGCUUACCCGCUGCUUCAUCUUGGUGAAUGAGACACGAAGCCGGAUCAAGAUUGUAGAUACACUCGUCAACCUGCUCCGCACAAUCAUAGAAGGCGAUCCAGAGAGUUUGCUGCCUGCAGUCUGGCUUGCGACAAACUCCAUCUCCCCGCCAUAUAUCGAUCUUGAGCUUGGGCUUGGCGGCAGCGCGAUCUCGAAGGCAUUGCGCAAGGUCUGCGGAUUGGACGCGCAGGGGUUGAGAAAGCUGUACGACAAGUAUGGCGAUGCGGGAGAUGUGGCGUUCGAGGCGAAAAAGCGGCAGUCGUUCACUUUGCGCAAGCCGAAGCCGUUGACAAUUAGGGGCGUGUUCGAUAGUCUGGUCAAGAUUGCGAACAGCAAGGGUACAGGUAGUGUAGAUAUCAAGCAGGGUAUUGUCGAGCGUCUGCUGCAGGAUGCGCGUGGAGCGGAGGAGAGCAGGUAUGUUGUGAGGACGUUGGUUCAGCAUCUGCGCAUCGGCGCCGUCAAAACCACAAUGCUCAUCGGCCUAGCCCGUGCCUUCAUGCUCUCGAAGCCGCCUAACGCCGACUUCCUGAUCCGCUCGCAAGCCGAGCUCGCUGCACUCGACAAACCCUCCCUAGCCGAUGUCUACGCGAAAAACGAAGAGAUCGUCAAAGCCUGCUUCGCCCGACGUCCAAACUAUAACGAUCUCAUACCCACACUACUCGAGAUUGGCGUUUGCGACGAGCUCCUACUGCGGUGCGGCCUUGCGUUACACAUACCUCUCCGGCCCAUGCUGGGCAGUAUCACCCGCGAUCUGGGUGAGAUGCUCGUCAAGCUCCAGGGCCGAGACUUCAGCUGCGAAUAUAAGUAUGACGGGCAACGGGCACAGGUGCAUUGCGACGAGCGCGGCAAAGUUACCAUCUUCUCUCGCCAUUUGGAAAUCAUGACGGACAAGUAUCCCGACCUUGUGGCCUUAGUCCCACAGAUCCGCGGAGAAGGCGUCAGCAGUUUCAUCAUGGAAGGCGAGGUUGUGGCUAUUGAUCGCGAGAGUGGUGAGCUCAAGGCUUUCCAGACGCUGGCCAAUAGGGCUAGGAAAGAUGUCGUGAUUGGUAGUGUGAAGAUAGACGUCUGUCUCUUUGCAUUUGACCUCAUGUACCUCAACGGAGAAGAGCUAUUAAACAGGCCUUUUAGGGAAAGAAGAAGUCUGCUUCGGAGUCUGUUCGUGGAGAAACCGCACCACUUCACUUGGGUCAAGAGCUUAGACGCAACGUCAGCGGACAAUGAGGCUGUGUCUGAGUUCUUCAAGAGCGCGACGGAUAUUAAGUGCGAGGGUAUCAUGGUCAAAGUCCUCGACAACCUCCCGAAUCCAGAUCUCAUAUCGGAAGACUCGGAGAAGACGCCCACUCCGCAUCCUACACCGACCAAACCGAAGCCAGCGCCGACGAAAUCCAAGUCACGGAAAAAGUCGAAGCCCGCAGAUGUGGAUGCUCCAGCAGAGAAGGAAAAGGAAAAAGAGAGAGGCACCCGCCGCAAAGCUCUCCUCUCCACCUAUGAGCCAGACAAACGCGUUGACUCCUGGCUAAAAGUCAAGAAAGACUACAACACCUCCGCCGACACCAUCGACCUAAUACCAAUUGGUGCCUGGCACGGCAUCGGCAGGAAGUGCAACUGGUGGUCCCCAAUCCUUAUGGCUGUCCGGAACCCGGAGACCGGAUCUCUUGAGGCGGUCACGAAGUGCAUGGCUGGCUUCACCGACGCGUUCUACAAGGCCAACAAGGAGAAGUACAACGACGAAGACGAAGAGAAUACGAAUGUAGCAAGGAAGAGGCCGAGCUUUAUUGAGUAUGGUGGUACUCCGGCUGUGUGGUUUGAGCCGCAGGAGGUGUGGGAGAUGGCGUUUGCGGAUAUUACUCUGUCGCCUACGUACACGGCUGCUAUUGGGCUGGUUAGCGAGGAAAGAGGACUGAGUCUGCGGUUCCCGAGAUUCCUGAAGGUGAGAGAGGAUAAGAGUAUUGACGAGGCGAGCACGAGCGAUUUUCUUGCGGAGCUUUGGAGGAAGCAGAAGGCUAAGGCGCCACUGCAGGAGAAGGCAGGGGAGAAACUAGAGGAGGUUGAGGACGACCUUGAGUAG